GUGGGACCCCACAGGUCUGCAGGUGGGGUUACCACAUGUGGGACUAAAGGGACAUCCUGGUCUCCAUAAGCCUGACAGUGGUGGGAUUCUGCACCAUGCUGUCCACCAAGAGGCAUGGUACCAGCAUCCUGACCAUAAAGGAAAUCUUAGAAAAUGGGUUUGUGGCCGGGGCCUCCAGCCAUGCCCAUUCUUCUCCUGUCCGUACUUAUUACAUGGACUCUAGCAGCACCUCCAAACCAGACACCUGGGAGCUUCUCCUGGACUUGGACAAUGCAACAAAAGGCAGUUCUCUGUGUGUUGUCAAGCAGUCGGAGUCUCUGAGCAGCUGUGUGAAGACCGACCUGCACAGCCUGACCCAGGGCAUCUCUGACCUCAGUCUUGUCUGCUUCUGCAAGACCCACCACAGUCAGGCCACCUUAGACCUGUCCGGUUUGCCUUGUGAGCACCCCAGCAGAGCUGGCUGCCUGAUGGACGUGGUGUCGCAGAACACCUCAACGCCUUGCAAGAAAGAAAAGCACCCCAAACCGCUGGAGAGCCUGCUCUCCAAGAGCACUGAGCUCGUCAGCGACCUCUCAACCCUUGGGAAGACACCAGCACCCAGAUGGGAGAUCUCGGCAAUAAAAGACCCCCUGGAUACCAGCCUGUCCCUUGAUGUGAGCACUGAGGAGCUGAGGUUACUGGGAUGCUCCAAACCAGACACACCAUCCCUGGAGACCUCUGUAGUAAUUCCUCUGGCUUGGCCUGGAGCCUUCAAGAGGCACCCUACGCUUAUCCGCAGGUCUGCCACCCCCGAGACCCAGCUGAACGAUCUUGACCCCGUCCCUGUGUUUCUGCAUCAGGCUCUGUGACGCUGCUGCCCUGGCUCCACGCCGGAGUCACACCGAAGCGCGGUGGGCUGCGGGGUGCCGGCCUGGGGACCUUCUGUGCCGCAGAGGAGCGUGGUGUGCAGAGCUGCCACCCACGCUGCAGCAGAAGAUGAAGCCCUCCUGCCCUGCCCUGUGCCAGGGGCUUGCUUGCUGACGGCACCACCUGGCAAAAGGUUAAAUCUUCCAGCCUGGGGUGACUCAAACGGCAAACUGCUUGGGGCACUGCUGGGUGGAGGAAGCUUAGCCUGUUGAUGGCAGCCCCCGACAGCUAGCACCAGUUAAGCAGCAGCCCUACUGGCUCCCCCCUCCUCCCUGAUCGCUGUCUUUUGUAUUAAUGUAAUAAAGAUACAAAUUUCACUGUGCGCGUGGUCUCUGAUGCUGACUGCCCGCCCGGCCUGCGG